AUGGUUGGUGCCGUCACGACAGACCUCCGUCGAACUGACAACGAAAAUCGCGAACCUCUGUUAAAGACCAGUGUCCUUGAUCUUUUCGACCAGCAUGCGAAACUCAGUCCAACUAGCAUCGCCGCUGAGUUUCAGGGCCACACUGUCACUUACGAUCAACUGUACAAUGCCUCCAUUCGAGUGGCUUUGGAAUUGCGUAAACGAGGCUUUCGCCCUCGAGAUCGCAUUCCAUUGAUCACGAAGAUGAGCUUGGAGAUGGUCGCCUCGGUCUUGGGGAUUCUGCGGCUGGGUGCUUCUUACUGUCCGAUAGACUUCAACGCUUGGAGUUUAGAACGAGUUGUCGCUACUCUGGAAGCUGUGGGCUCGCGCCUGGUACUCAGCACCGUGGAAACGACGAUUUCUGGUUACGAGCUGGUUCGGAUGCCUGAAUUGUCGAGGCAUGUUGACUCUAUUACAGAUGAGGAGAUUGAAGGACUCAAAGUGAUCAGACAUGAUAUGAGACAAUCCGAUCUCAUUUACAUCAUUUUUACGUCUGGCACCACAGGAAAACCAAAGGGAGUGAUGGUCCCGCACAGCAGUGCUGUCCAUCUCGUGCAGCAAAGCUUCUCCGGGGCUAUGAGAGGAAGCCCGGGUGAGAAGGUUUUGUUAUUUUUCUCAGUAGCCUUUGACGGAUGUGCAGGAGUCAUUUUCUCGACCAUUUGCCAUGGUGGAACUCUUGCAAUGGCUCAACCAUCCGACGUCAUCAACACGGCCUCAUCAUGUAGCACUCUCAUCUUGACACCUUCAAUGCUGGCCAGUUUAGAAGCAACACCGGAAUUCGACCGUGUACACAGCAUUUAUAUGGGAGGUGAAGCUCCCAACGAAGCCCUGGUCAGACUCUGGACCAGCCCGACGAGGAAGGUCUAUAACUGCUAUGGACCUACCGAGUGUACUACAGCGGUCUCUACCGUUGAGAUGAUACCUGGAGGCCCAAUUGUCCUCGGACGUCUCAUCUCGGAGGUUGAGAUUGUGCUGUUAGAUGAGGACCUAGAACACGAAGUCCAACAAGGAGAGAUCUGCAUCAGAGGGCCAUGCUUGGCGGUUGGAUAUCUCAACAUGGAGGAUCUGACACAAAAGAAGUUCUUCUUCCGAGAUGGGAUCCGUCAUUAUCGUACCGGAGACCUUGCCCGCCGUGAUGAGGACGGCCUGCAUUUUGUUGCUCGUGUCGACCGCAUAGUCAAGAAUCGCGGAUUUUUGAUUAACUUAGAAGCGGAAGUCGAACCUGCUCUUCGAAGCUUCUCUGGCGUCCAGAAAGCCGCAGCAUUUCUGCUGCAAAAGCAGCUAGUAGCAUUUGUGACACCUUCUGAGGUAUCGGUGGAGAUGUUACGCGAGCAUCUUUCUCAAAAAUUUGAUGUGUUCAUCGUACCAGACCUCAUAUUCGCUAUCAACGACUUCACGUUGACACCGAACGGUAAGGUUGACACAAGGGCCUUACAAGCAAUGGUCAAAGACCAAGUGGAUGAUCGACUACGGAGUUAUCCACGUACUCAAAACGACGUAUCCGCUGCCUUGGACGUUGUUCUCCAAGCCUUCGCAGUUAUUUUCGACCGACCAGUGAGCCAGAUACCGUCUACAGCAUCUUUCAGAUCGCUUGGCGGCCACUCUCUCACAGCUGUGAAACUUCAAUCUCACCUUCGCCGGGAAAACCUCAGUUUAGCGUUGAGCAAGAUUUUCGAGUUGGAUACUGCAGCAGCGAUAGCUCGAGCGGCAGUCUCUACUAACGGUAUUGCAUCUGCCGACGUGAGCUCAUCAGCUACACCACUCACGCCGCAUCAGUUCCAGCUCUUGGAAGAAACCAAUGCUGAUCCUUCGAGCAAUUACGUGUUUUACUGCCUUACCAGAAACACUGCUCACAGUCCUAUCAACGCCGAAAACCUGCGAAAGGCAUGGGAGAUCAUAUUUACCCGUCACGCCAUCUACAGAACAAAAUUUGACAUGGAUACCAGAGUCCAAACAAUUCACGACGCAGCAGAUAUAAACUGGCGAGAGUUCAUCACACUAGAUUAUGAGAAUAUGGAAGCAGUGUCUCGGCGGGAGAGGGAGGUCUUAUGGACAACACUGCGUUCGCAAAGGUGCCCAAUAUCUAUUCUGAAGCCCCAUUUCUGGAUCGUUGAAGUGCCUGGAGAGGCCGUUCAGAUGAACUGGCUUGUUCAUCACAGUUACACUGACGCGUGGUCAUUCGGAAUUUUGUUGAAAGAGCUUGAACUUAUCAUCAAUGGCAACGCAGUCACACUUCCACCCGCGUCAAGCUACGAUAUGGUCGCCCAGCACCUGAAUGGGGAAGCUAAGCGGCAGGCAACAACCAUCACAGAUUUCUGGAGCACUUACGCAGAGCCGUGGGCACAAUUGAGGCCAAUCCAAUUGCUAGAGCCCGAAGAGCCAAGUGACCUACCGUGGAACAGGUGGGAAUCCGAUAUCCCGCUGAAAGUAGACAACCUUAUCAUGUCUGCGCGUCAGCACGCAGUCUCUCCAGCGACAGUUGUCUACACUGCUUGGGCAUUAGUUCUCGCAGAUUACACACAGUCCAAUACUGUGGGUAUGAAGAUUAGUGUUUCUGGACGAAAUAUCGACCAUCCUGCUGUCGAGAGUGUAGUAGGAUCUCUCAAUGGCCGGUGUCCACUUCUGUUCCAGACCAGGAAAGAUUCAACGAUUGGCGAGACACUGAGGUCGCUACAGAGCACUUUGCUCCGCGUCAAUGACUACCAGUGGACUUACCCACAAUUGAGAAGUCAUGUUGGACGGGCAUUUGGCAAUCAAGCUUACUGGUUUGAUUCUCAAGUCCUAGUUCUAUUAGACAUGCCGGUCGACACAAGAAAUUGGCGCAUUUUCGAAGAGCAAAAGCCAACUGCUCCCAUCGAGCUUAAUUUCAUUCAAAAAGAAGAUAUAUUCAAUAUGCGUAUGCGAUAUGAUGGUACUCAUUAUGCACAGAGUAGCAUCGAUGGCAUGGGCAAACGAUUUAUCGACAAACUAAUCCAGUUGGUUGGCUCUCCUCUCGAUAGGAGGAUUGGGGAUCUGGGCCACAUCACGCAAAACUGA